GGCAACGAUGACACUGUUUGUGCCCGUGGACGAGCAGUCGGCGGAGGACAAGCGAUGGAUGGAGGAGGCGCUGGUCAUGGCCGACGAAGCAUUUCAGGCGGCCGAGGUGCCCGUCGGAAGUGUCUUUGUGCGCGAUGGCAAGGUCAUUGCUCGCCACCGCAACCGUACAAACGAGCUUAUGAAUGCAACAAGACAUGCUGAGCUCGAGGCCAUUGACCAUAUCCUUAGCCUGUACCCACCCAAGUCGUCGGAGUUCCCCAUAAAUCCGCACGGGUGUCCCGAGGGCGACAACCCAUUCAAGUCCACGACCCUCUAUGUCACCAUUGAGCCGUGCAUCAUGUGCGCUUCCGCUCUGCGCCAGGUCGGCAUCAAGCGCGUCGUUUUCGGCGCCGGCAACGAGCGCUUCGGAGGUAACGGAAGCGUGCUGCCGGUCAAUAGCGACCCUAUUCUUCAGAACUCGCCAGGGUACGAGGCCGUGGGAGGCUACUCCCGCGAACAGGCCAUCAUGCAUCUCCGGCGCUUCUACCUGACCGAAAAUAUCUAUGCGCCCAACCCGCGGAGCAAGGCGAACCGAAAGCUCAAGACGGACUUUCAACCUCCGGGCGUGUCAAUGCAUGGCCCCAAUGGCCAGCCGACGAAAAAGACGACGAGAAAGAAGAGCGGACUUCCGGCAGUCAACGGCAACGGCAGCCUUGGCGGUAGCGCUCCCAACGAGGCGGGCAGCGAGAGCGGGAGCGGGGCAGAGGGGAGCAAGCCCGCACAUCCCAGACUUGAGGAGGUGGCUCUCCUCUAGGCCGCCAUUUCCUCCUUUAUCUCCUUAUAAAUUAUAGCUAUCACUUGUAUUUUUAUUCGUCAACGUCAUCGGUCAUCGAGAGAGGAGGACUAAACAGAGGAACAAUAGCAUCG